AUGCUGGCACUCCUGGCAGGCCUGCUCCUCCUGCACAGUGCGCCGUCCAGCUGGGCGCGUUGCUGGGGGUCUCCAAAUUCAAACUCCUGCGUGGUCCUGGACUGGUCGGAAUUCAGUAGCGAUACUCAGCGAGCCCUGAACCUCAGCAGCCAUGGCAUCAGGGAAAUCACUGGUCCUGCCUGGCUGCGGGAGUCGGUCGACACGCUGGAUCUGUCCUUUAACUGCCUGCAGAGCCUUCCCCCGGAUUUCCUCUCCCAGGCACGUGCUCUCAGGCAGCUUUACCUGCAGCACAACCAGCUGCGGGGACUGCCCUCCGAGUUCUUCAAGAGCACCACCAGCCUGCAGAGCCUAGUCGUGGACUGCAAGUGUGACGUGGUGGGGAGCGUGGUCAGCCACUGCAAUAGCCCCACCAACAGCACAAACCGCACCUGCCACUGCCACUCAGAGCAGGAGAAAACCGAGUUCUACAACGUCACCAAGUUCUACAACAUCACCGAGUUCUACACGCGGCACUGCCAGUCUCUUUGCACGCCACUCUGCGUGGCCAUCACCAGCUCUGUGCUGGCCUUGCUGCUGCUGGCAGGGGGCCUGGCUGUGGCCUUGUUCCUGCUCAGGAGGAGACAGGCCUCUGUCGUCCACAGCAAACGGGAAUCCACCGCAUCCAUCACCCACGGCCAGCCGCGCUACAUCAGCCGCAACACAGAGACGGGCCCCAGCCAGGCCAGCGACUAUGAAAACGUCUUCAUUGGCUACUCCCAGCCAGUCGGGCAAUACGAGUGUCUGGAGAGAAAGGGAACGCAGUACAGAGUCCAGCAGCUGGUGGACGAGGAGUGUUACAUGGAGAGCGACACCUGCCACGGAGACCAGCCCAUUUACGCCAACACCCAGCAGCUGUACAGCAGCAGCUUCCCUGUGCCCAGUGACAGCGAGGAGGUGUACAUCGUCCCGGACAAAUGAGCCCUCUGCCCGCCCGGAGGCACCCCAGCCCCGCCUGUCUCUGGGGAGCGGGCUUGGGCAGCAGGGGAGCGUGGGUGCCACAGUCCCGUUCAGCAGCUAUGACCAUGUGUCACGCCCAGGGGAGGGGACUGCUGGGGAUCCCAAUUAAAGCAAAAUCACCUGGCAAUUGCUUCGCCCCCCCCACCCCCGGGUAUUACCCUGCAGCCAUGACCCAGUCCAGCCCCACUGGAAUGCAGACAGCUCAGGUUUCCCCUGGGGGGCUGGAAUUUCCCCUCCCCCAUACAGAGGGAGAGCUCCCCACAGGGCCGGGGAGGGGAUCCUACCCUGCAUCAGUCUGCAAAUUCCUCCAGAAAUAGCUCCCGCUUCUCCUGCCAAAGUGCCUGGUUCUGCGCCAGGCUGGCUGAGCCGCUGCUGGGACCCAAACACCAGCAAUUUGGCCUCCAUGCGGUUUCCUCUGCACCUGGGAAUUGUGGGGGAGGGGGGGUGUCACAGAGUCCCUGGGCGAUGCUCUGGAACUGCUCCUCACAAAGCCAGGCAGGACUUUGGGGAGCCUCCUCUCCCUUGGAGCAGACUGUCUCCAGGGCAAGAAGCUCACACGGCUUCACCUCCUGGGUCUCUCCUUGGAGCAUUGAGCAUCCUCUGCCCCUCCGUGCGCUUCCCCCAGCGAGCCCACCCCAGCGGGGCCCUGGGGAAGCCACAGGGUCCUGCACCCCCACUUCGCAGUCAGACGUGACUCUCAGCCAGCCAGUAACACAGAGGUUUAUUCGAUGACAGGAACAGGGUCUAAAACAGAGCUUGUAGGUACAGAGAACCGGACCCCUCGGCCGGGUCCAUUCUGGGGGCAGUGAGCCAGACAACCCCGUCUGCCCUCACUUCCUGUCCCCAGCCAGCUCCAGACUAACAACCCCCUCCAGCCCCUCCUCCUCUGCUGAGUUCCUUUCCCGGGCCAGGAGGUCACCUGAGCUCUUUGUUCUCCCCCACCUUUAGCAUCCCCUUGCGGGGGGGAAGGGCUCGGGCCAUUAAUUGCCAGGAGACAGAGUGUUGGCCAGAAACUGAGGCACCCACACAGUAUUCAGAG